AUGUCAUUAUCAGAGAGAUGGAGGCUUUUGGUAACAGGAGAAGAGAGAAUUGAUAAAAUUAUUGGGAUAGCAGAAUUAGCUUAUUCGGUUCAACCACUCUAUGAGGUUGUUAAACAAGCAAAGAAGAUUGAGUCGAAUAUUUUCGAAGCUUCUAAUUCAAAGGAAAACUAUGCGUCUACAAUGGACCAGUUAAUUUUAAAUAUGAAGGAAUUGAUUGAAGACAAAACCAAAAUUCAUUUAGAGCAAUUGGCCACAAAGUCUAUUCUAGAUUCGAUGGACAAACGAAUAAAGCAAAUUAAGGAGGAAACGGAAAUGAAAGGAAGAUCUAUAAAUAUUGAUAACAUUAAUUAUAUUAUCAAUAACGAAAACGAUGAAGAAGAUGUAAAAAGAAUUAAAGAAAUAUUACAAAUAGAAGAGCGACUACUUAAAGAAUUGUGGCAAAAAUAUAUUGAUGAACAAAUGAGUCGUUUACAUCAACAACGACAAAUGCAUUCUGAACCACCUGAUGCGCCGGCAAUCUCGACAAACAUCUAA